GCCAGUCCCGACGGUAGUGUCAGCUGCGGCGCUAGCGCCACUCGAUCGAGCGGCCGGAGAGCGAUUCGAUUUCGCGAACUGACCCGCGGCGGCGACGAGCGGUUAGUGCGUGUGCCAUUCCGUGCCGAGAAAUGGAAGCCGACGAGCCGCGUUCGGUCUCCGAUACGAGAACGAGCACGUUGUCGACGUUGUACGUAGUCGUAGCGCGCGAACCCGUCGCAGUGACAGCUGUGCACGUACGUAGCUUUUGAAGUUUUGUUAUGACAAAGAACGUAUCACCGGGGACGACCGGUCGCCGACCAGCCGCGUAUCCGGAGAACGAGAGAUCGUUGUUAUUGUCAUUGUCACCUUCGUUAUUAUCUUUGUCGUUUUCGUUGUAAACGUCGGUUGCGAUAAGAGUGCAUAUUGGUUCUUGUGAAGAGGAGAGUCGCCGGGCUACGGCGAGGGAUUAAUUCGACGCAGAUUCAAAGGUCGCCGAGGGAGGAGUGAUCGCGAAGAUGUGGUGCCUCGUCAGUCAGGCCAACUCCGUUAUCCUCGAGGUACAGGUCGACCCGAAGGCCAUCGGCCAGGAGUGUCUUGAGAAGGCCUGCGACUGCCUGGGAGUCAGCAAGGAGUGCGAUUACUUCGGGCUGAAGUAUCAGAAUGCGAAGGGCGAGGAACUCUGGUUGAAUCUGAGGAACCCCAUAGAGCGGCAGACCGGCGGUGGUGUAGCGCCUCUAAGAUUCGCUCUGAGGGUUAAGUUUUGGGUACCGCCUCACCUGUUGCUGCAGGAAGCCACCAGGCAUCAGUUCUACUUGCAUUCUCGUCUCGAGCUGAUCGAGAGUAGGCUGAAGGUCGCCGAUUGGGGCUCUGUUGCUCGUUUGGUCGCCCUGAUAGCGCAAGCCGAUGGUGGUGAUUACGAUGCGCUGUCACCGCCGCACGCGCUCUACUCUCAAUGCUGUCACAUACAACCCGCGGAACCAUGCGAGCCGAAACCGCAAGACUUCCUGCUGCGGAUAGUCCAGCAGCACAAGGAAAUCAAAGGAAUGAAAACGUCGACCGCUGAAUAUUGGCUCUUGAAAGAGAUAUCAAACCUCGACGCAUUCGGACAGGAAAUGUUUCACAGUAAAUUUGGAUACAACGGGGUGUCUAUGAUCGGCGUUGGUCCGCACGGAAUUACGGUCUACCGCAAUCAGGACGAAGAGACGCAAAAUAUACCGUAUACAGCCAUACAAAGCGCUACAUCACAACGGCGGAUGUUCCACUUGGUUUACCUCUCACUUGACGGCGAGGAGACAUCACUGGACUUUAAAUUAGACUCCAGCCAGUCCGCCAGCGGACUUUACAGAGCGAUCACCGAGAAACAUGCGUUUUACAGCUGCGAGACAGUUAGGAGCGCGGUUACCGCACAAUUUAUCCGUGAUUUAAAGGGGACAAUAAUUUCCAUUUUCAAUGAGGACUCGACCCUGGGCAAGAAAUAUGUGUUCGAUAUACGUAGGACCUGCCGAGAAGUAUAUGAUAAUGCGCGGCGUGCGCUUUAUUGCGAAGCGGCGACCAUAACUCUGCCGGAGGAGAACGAGACCCUCGAUAGGCAUGCCUGCGGGGAGUGCGAGAAUCCUAAGUGCAAGGAAUCUCGAGAAUGUUUAGCGAGAUUAUUGGACGCUAUGCUUUGCCGGAUCUGCAUGGAUCGAAGUUUAGACACAGCCCUAUUUCCCUGCGGACACGCUGUGGCCUGUCUGGACUGCGCCCGUCGCUGCGAACGUUGCCCGUUAUGCCGGGCUGACAUCGAUUAUUGCCGGACGAUAUACCUCCCUAUCGAACUGACGCACAUCGACAAGCACAAUCCGAAAUUGCUGUCGGAGACAAUCGAACCUGUAUUCAGCAAGCCGCUGACGGAGGAGAUAAAAGACAAAAGGAUUUUAGACAGCGAGGCAUCGGUCGACAGUAAUAUUUGAGAACGUCGAGUCAGACUCGGCGCAUUUGAAAGGUUCUUUAGGAUUGUCACUUGCCGCGCAGGAAGGGUGUACUGAAAUACAGAAGUGAAGCACUUUUCUAUUUAUCCGUUGAGCGACCGACCGAGUUUUUCGACGUUCGUUCGUAUUCCUCAACGACGUUCAUCCGAUUUUAAAAAAUUUUAUUUUGCGCAAUGAUUUUAAUUACGUACAAUUGCAUAUUUUAUUAUUA